GCAUCCCCACCCUCAGGACCUGCUCAUCACAAUGGCCACAGGAAGAGUCCUGCUCGGCUCUCUGCUGUUCCUGUUCCUGCAGCUGGGCCUUGGCAGGGACCUGGGUGCUCCAGAGGCUCUGAUGGUAGAGGGAGAGCUCUUGUCUGAACCAGCAACAGACAUGGGAACCUGGAGGCCACAGCUGGGUGCCCGCCUGCGCAGAGCCCCAGCUGGCCCUUGCCAGCUGUGGAGCUUGGCCCUGCCGGUAGCAGAUCUGGGCCUAGGCUAUGCUUCAGAGGAGAUGAUCAUCUUCCGCUACUGUGCUGGCAGCUGUCCCCGAGGCGCCCACACUCAGCACAGCCUGACGCUGGCCCACCUAAGGAGUCAGGGCAGAGCACGUGGUGGCCCUUGUUGCCGGCCCACCCGCUACGCUGAUGUGGCCUUCCUGGAUGACCACCACCACUGGCAGUGGCUACCCCAGCUCUCAGCGGCUGCCUGUGGUUGCGGUGGCUAA